GUUCCACUUUUGGAUCUUUAAUUUUUUUGUUUAUCUUUUUUUUUCUAAUUACAUUUUGAUUGAGCUUUUUUUUUACCAAAUUACUUUUACUUUUUGUGAAUUUAAAUUCUCAUCUAUGGUUUAAAUUAUGUCUUCAAUUGCUCUGAAUAAUGAACCAUCUUCUCUUUCAUGUUCAACCAAUAACAGUUUGGAUAGUGUUGCCCUGGCCAAUGGUUGUAUCCCAUUUAGUGUAAUUCUCAAUAGACUUUCCCAGGAGACGAUUGAUUUUUAUUGUAAAAGCAACUUGGAACCACCAGAAUCACCUGAAGGUAACGAUGAAGGUGAUGACAUAGACGCGGAUAAAUAUGAAGAAAAGGAGCCGCAAAUAAUAACAAUAGAUUUGGAAAAGUUUGAUUCUUCCAUAGUAAAUAAUAAUAAUAAUAAUAAUAAUAAUACAACAACAACAACGUUUGGAAAUUUGCAGUCUCGAAUUAAAUUGGAUGAUAAAAUUUUCUGCCUCUUUAAUUUGGAAGAGUUUGAUGAUCAAUAUGAAGCUGUUCAAGCCUAUUACCGGGAAUUACGAUAUGCUCCUUUUAGAUGUAUUGAAUGUGACGAGGCGACCGUUGAAUUAAAAGGAAUGGUUGACCAUUACCUUAACCAACAUCCAACAAUUAAAAAGGCUCAAUAUUGGGUUGAAGAGAUACCAGCUAAAGAGAAAUGGGUCCACAAGUUUAUCAAAUAUCAGAUUGCUUGUCAUAACGAGGAAGAUGAAAUGUUCCCAAAUGAUACUGUAAACAAAUUUUGUCCCGUUUGUAAUCAUUAUGAUUAUCUUUUACGCCUAUCAAAUCCACCAAAGACCUCGUUAAAGGUUACAUCGAUGUGUGAUCGUAAUCACAUCAAUAAACACCUUAAAUAUAAUCCAUGGGAAUGUAUUUUAUGCCGUGAAUCGGGUCGCCGUUAUGCAAUCUCAUCUGUUAACAAUAAAGCCCAGGAACACUUGAUUCAUAAACAUAAAUUACCAAGAUCAGAUGAUUGCCUGUCAUACUUUAAGAAGACUGCAACUAUACCGGAAUUGGAUAACUUUCUACGUGAAUAUAUUAAUAUUAUCCAAGAAAAUGAACGUUCAAAUGUUAAACCUGUGGUCAGAAGGAAACCUUUAGCUGGUAAACCUAAUCGACAAAUCGCCAAUCAUCAAAAUAGAGGAAAACAAACUGGACAAUUGUACAAACAAGCGUCAGCUUCAUUCAAAAAGUUUAAAGAAUCUCGUGAUUCUGUGAGAAAUGUUAAAAAAGCCAACAAUCGAAAGUCUAUCGAAUACAGAGAUGAAGAUAACGAAGACUAUCAACCAUUCAAAGAUGAUAGUUCAAGAUUCUUUUGUAUUUUCUGUACGGAUGAUAAUCUAUCGGACAUUUACUCAGCUUGGGGACAUUAUGGUUUACAUUUGAAAUAUACUCCAAUUAUAUGUGGUAUUUGUAAUAAAACGUUUACAAGUGAUACUAGUUUUCGAUACCAUGGAAUUGAACAUGUUGAACAUUCUGAUCUACCAUUUACUCGUAACUGUGAUGAAGCAAUUGAAACUUGGGGCCAUGAAUUUUUACAAGGUUUAACUAAUGGUACAGAAGCUAAACCCGAAUUUGCUGAAUAUUGUCCAGUUUGUGAGAAAAUUUUCUCUAAACCAGUUGAACCACCUCAUCUUUCAGCUAAUUCAAUUAAAACUCACAUCUAUUCACACCUUAAAUAUCAUCCAUAUGAGUGUUUACCUUGUCAACUUCAAUGUGAGAAGAAAACUUUUGUCGGUGAUCUUGAUUACCAAGCGGCUCUUCACCUUAACUCUGAACAUUCAAUAACCGUAACACCCGCGGAGAUAAAAAAUUAUUAUAUCAAAACCCGAGGAAUUGAAUCUCUUGAUACAUUUUUAAGGGAACAUUUUGCCAAAAUCGCCUAUCACAUUGGAGGAGCGCCCAUGGAAUUGUCAUCAUCCACAGCCUCAACCAUUACCCCAACUACAAUGCUCCCAAAUUUGUUAAAUUAACAAUCAAUCAGAUGAACAAUUUAAGUGAUAAACAUUGAUCACAAUCAAGUUUCAAUUACUUUUUAAAAUUGUAUUUAAACAAGCGGAUUAUCAGAUUGUCAUCAUCAUCAUUGUCACCAUCAUCAUCACCAACAACAAUAACAUUAUAUUUCCAAGAUAAUCAUUUGAUUUAAAUCAAUGAUUAAACUAUUUUUUUCAUUUCUCUCUCCUACUCUCUUUACAUACCUUCAACUAAUUUAAAUCAGUUGAUUUUUAAGCCCAACUGAUUAAAAACAAAGAAAAAGCUGAUCCCAAGUUAAUCGUAACAACAACAACAACAAUUAAUCUCCAUUAAGAUCUCUCUCUCUCUCUCUUUCUCUCUUGUUUAUCCUUAAUUGCUAUUGACAAAACUUAAAGGAAAUCAUGAUAACAUGAAGAAAAACGGGAAAAUAAAAAGUCGUUAAUUGUAUAACAAUCAUUUUCUAAUUGCUUAAAUUAAAAAUUUGAAAAGAAAAUUUCAAUUCAGUUGAUUAA